CAAGACGAGUGCUACAACACUAGGCUGAAGCACAGAAAAUGAAAUAUGUAAAUAUUUGAAGUGAGAUAUUUCUUUCUCACUUAUCUGGUUUUAACCACAUACUCAGAUCAUGUUUAUGUGUGUGCGUGUGUGCACACUUCCUGUACAUCUUUAUUAACACUAUAGCUAAACUGUAGAUGCAGAUAUAAAAGAGAAGUGGGUCCAGGACAAGGGCAGAUUCUAUGUUUUCUCCACUGAUACCAUGGACUGGAACAGCAGCAGAGAACGCUGUCAGGAUCUGGGUGGAGACCUGGUCAUCAUCAACAGCAUGGAAGAGCAGGAAUUUCUCUCUGAAAGAGUCAUUGACUACCACUGGAUUGGCCUGACCGACAGCCAGACAGAGGGGGUGUGGCUUUGGGUGGACAACACCCCCUUAAACAACAACCUCUUAUGGGAGUCACCCCCAGAUGACUGGAAAGUUGAAAAUCCUUUGCAUGGUGAAGACUGUGUUAUCUUAAAGGGUGAGAAAUGGGGGGACGUUUCUUGUUUGAGGAAAGAGAAAAGGAUCUGUCAGAUCCCAUGCUCUCCAUCACCUCAGUGACAGAGAUCUAAAUGAAUAAUUAAAAGAGAUUAAUUUUAUUGCUUUUAUUUAGAUGUAGUUAUCUUUAAACUUUAAACCUGUUGUCAUAAUGAGUGUUGAGUUGUAAUAAUUAUUGGUCAUGUGUAAUGCCAUACAUGUUAUGUUUGCAAAUAAAGUCAUA